AUGUCCCUCGACACCCCACUCACAGUAACAUACAAAGAAGCCAACGGCAGCCAAAUCACCACAGACAUCUACCUCCCGCCCUCGACCUCCUCAAAUGGCGAAAUCAAAAAGUAUCCCGUCCUAAUCAACAUCCACGGCGGAGCCUUCAUGCUCGGCCACUCCCGCAUGGUCUCCAUGCCCCAGAUCCAAGACUGUCUGGACAGAGGCUGGAUCGUCCUCGUCCCGAACCACCGGCUCUGCCCGCAGGUGGAUAUCCUCGAGGGACCCAUGACCGACUGCCGCGAUCUUCUGCGCUGGGUGUACAACGGCCACCUGGACUCGAUCCUGGCGUCUGCAGACGCACCAAGCCCAAGCUCAAGCUCAAGCUACCGCGCCGAUAUGAACCUGUCCCUUAUACCCAUCUGA